UCUCUCUUUCUUACGUACGGUAGUAUUAUAGAGUCAAAUUCCAUUUUCCGAGAGUGAGGGAGAAACCUGUUUGUACCUAAGGGGGCGAGGGACACCGUCAUCAAAGUUUCAUCAUCACUCUCCAGUCUCCACAGUCAAUUCAAAAUCAAAUCUCUAUUUUGACCAUGGGUUUCCGUUUUCGGACCGCAAUGGAGACUCCACCUGCGGAUGAGCUGCUGAAGAAGAUGCUCGAGUUAGAGCAAAGCCAGGAGCAUCUAAAGCAGGAGAUGUCUAGGCUUUCCGAGCUUAGGCAGCCAUUGUAUCCUAUGUUGCCGCGUCGGCCGUUGCGGAAGGCGAGCCGUAUCAAGGGUUCGAUGAAUUUGAGAGCUGGAUUUGGUGGGAAAAAACCAUCGCCAGGGAUGUUCACUAAUGAAAACUACUUGAAUAUUCUUCACUCGAUGGCUCAAUCUGUUCAUGUCUUAGAUCUUGAUAUGCGAAUUAUCUUUUGGAAUGCCAUGUCGGAGAAGCUUUAUGGGUACUCUGCUGCAGAAGUUGUUGGGCAUAACCCACUUCAUGUUAUCGUAGAUGAUCAGAAUGCUGCCUUUGCCAUGAAUGUUGCUCGACGUUGUCUCAAUGGAGAGAGCUGGGCCGGCGAGUUUCCUGUCAAGACCAAAUCAGGGGAGAUCUUUUCGGCUGUCACUACAUGUUCACCCUUCUAUGAUGAUUGCGGCUCUAUUAUUGGGAUCAUUUCUAUCACAAGUGACGUAUCAUCGUAUCUGAACUCGAGAAUCUUGAAGGCGCAACAAGAAGAAACUAAUUCUAUCCCUGCAAAGAAUAGUUUUGCCUUUAAAAUUGGUUUUAACUCCAAAGGAGCUGUUAAAUCGAAACUCGGUCUUCACUCUGAUCAGCCUAUACAAGUUGCUAUAGCUUCAAAGAUAUCAAAUUUGGCAUCCAAAAUGAGCAACAAGGUCAGGUCGAAAAUGCAAGCAGGUGAUAAUAGUGCCACACUCUCUGAGGGUGAUUGUGGGGAUAAUCAUCAUCCAGAACAUUGUGUCUUCAGUGCUACUCUCGCUGACCGCAGGGACGAUGCAGCAUCAAGUGGUGCGAGCACACCAAGCGGGAAUUUUAUCCAGUCUCCUUUUGGUGUAUUUACAUGUACCGAUGAGAAGUUUCCUACAAACCCCUUCAAAGAUUCCACUGUUGCGGGUAAUGGAGAGCCUGUAACACAUAAGGCUCUCACCUCAAAAGCCGAAGAAUCAAUGGUAAAGAAAGGUUUGUCACUACCAUGGAAAGGAUAUGAGCCAGAAGGUUCAAAAAGAAAGCCUACUAAUUUUGUAUGGCCUUGGGUACAAAAUGAAGGAGAGAAAGAUAAUCACCAGAUUAAUCCCUCUGCUGGUGUUAAGUCUGAAAGCCAUGACUCUGAAAGUAAUAAGCCUACAGAUGACGAGGCAUCUAGUAUGUGGUCCUCUAUAAAUGCAAACAGCACAAGCAGUGUUAGUAGUUGCGGAAGUACCAGCAGGAGUGUUAUGGAAAAGAUUGUUACAGAUAACGAUUGCUUGGAAUAUGAAAUUUUGUGGGAUGAUUUGACAAUUGGGGAACAAAUUGGACAAGGUUCAUGUGGAACUGUCUAUCAUGGACUCUGGUUUGGAUCUGAUGUAGCUGUGAAAGUGUUCUCCAAACAAGAAUAUUCAAAAGAGGUCAUAAAAUCUUUUGGACAAGAGGUAUCGUUGAUGAAAAGACUUCGACAUCCUAACGUUCUGUUGUUUAUGGGAGCUGUGACUUCACCUCAGCGUCUCUGUAUAGUGUCAGAGUUUGUUCCACGUGGAAGUCUCUUCCGUCUACUACAGAAGGGUAUAUCAAAACUUGAUUGGAGGCGGCGUAUCAAUAUGGCCUUGGAUAUUGCUCGCGGUAUGAAUUAUCUUCAUUGUUGUAGUCCACCCAUCAUACAUCGUGAUCUGAAGUCGUCAAAUCUGCUGGUAGACAGGAAUUGGACCGUUAAGGUAGCUGACUUUGGUCUUUCGCGUAUCAAGUAUCAGACAUACCUCAGCAGCAAGUCCGGGAAGGGAACGCCUCAAUGGAUGGCACCAGAAGUUCUUCGAAAUGAGUCUGCUGAUGAGAAGUCUGACAUUUACAGCUUUGGAGUAGUACUAUGGGAGCUUGCUACAGAGAAAAUCCCAUGGGAAAAUCUCAACUCGAUGCAGGUGAUCGGAGCUGUGGGGUUCAUGAACCAGAGGCUGGAAAUUCGAAAGGACAUUGAUCCUGCUUGGAUCUCAUUAGUGGAGAGCUGUUGGCAGAGCGAUACAAAGCUGAGACCCACAUUCCAAGAACUAAUGCAAAAACUUAAAGACCUGCAAAGAAAGUAUGCUAUACAGUCCCAAGUGACUCGUGCUGGGUUACUUGACAACCCUCUCCUCAAGAACAACUAAACAAACAAAAUUUUACCCCUUUCUCUAUUGCUUUUUUGUUUCUUGACGCACUGCUUCAAGACUCAAAAGGUUCAUAAAGACAGUGAAAGAUUGACAAUGGUCUUAUUUUAGCAGCAACAAGGCUAUGGUGGUCUGCCAAUGUCCUUUUCAUCAUUGAACAAAAGAGUGGAGCUGCUUCAGAAAUUUGCACGGUCUAAUUUCCCUACGGUGAAGUACAUGAAUACGCAGCCCAAGUUGAGACACGUACCACACUCUCUAAAGCCAACAACCUAGUACUUGAUGUCGAUGGAGCCAUUAUAUCUCUCAACUUGUACCUUCUAGCUGGAAGUGGGAUGUUUUCAUUCAGCAAGAGGUUGACAAAACCAUCCUUUGGUUAUCUAGAGAGCCUCUUCGUCCUCACUGGAUCCAUUGUUUAAAUCGGGCACUCAUAUGAUCAGUGGAGACUAAAGCAACCACUGUAUCGACACCCAUGGGAAGGUGUCUUGUAAGUAAAGUCAUUAUCCGCUUCACUUCUAGUCAUGAUCAUAUUGCUUUAUUCCGUCCCCACCAGGCUCCAGUUCGGACUUUCUUCUUAAUCCGAGUAGUAUCGUCAUAUUAGAUUCGUUGGUUAUAUUACACAAGUUACACUCAAGUCCCAGUUUUUAGUAGUUUUAAAGUCUCAGUAAACUUUGGUACGUUAUAAACGGGUCGAACUUUGGAUAGAGGCAAAUAAAUAAAGAAGAAUCAUAUGACGUCA